AUGUCUUCACUGGGGACUAAGUGUGCAGACCGGUUGUUAUCAAACAUAUUACCAAUUCCGAGUAAGAAUGCCAUCGCUAGGUCGACGUACCUCUUAAGUUCAAGGAAUCAACAAUACAGAGGCAUAUUAACAUCAACAGUAGACUGGAAACCAAUAAAGACAGGAAGAAGUCCAAACGAUGAUUCUAGAAAGGAUGGAUCGUUCGGAAAGAAAAUUGUGCUGGGUCUCAUGUUUGCAAUGCCAAUAAUAUCCUUCUAUUUGGGAACUUGGCAAAUGAGAAGAUUAAAGUGGAAAACCAAGUUGAUUGCAGCAUGUGAAAGUAAACUUACAUAUGAACCGAUAUCGCUCCCUAAGUCGUUUACUCCAAACAUGUGUGAAGAGUGGGAAUACCGUAAAGUUACACUUUCGGGACAUUUUCUUCACAAUGAAGAGAUGUUUGUUGGUCCAAGAAAAAAAAAUGGAGAGAAAGGUUAUUUCUUGUUUACACCAUUCAUUAGGGAUGACACCGGUGAAAAAGUGCUUAUAGAAAGAGGGUGGAUUAGUGAAGAAAAAGUGGCUCCUGAUUCAAGAAAUCUACGUCAUUUAUCGUUGCCUCAAGGGAAACAUUUGAAGGUGAUUUGUUUAGUAAGAGCACCAAAGAAAAGAGGCUCAUUACAAUGGGCGAAAAAGGAUCCGAAUUCUAGAUUGUGGCAGCUGCCAGAUAUUUAUGACAUGGCAAAAUCGUCUGGAUGCACACCUAUUCAAUUUCAAGCUUUGUAUGACAUGAAGGACCAUCCGAUGAUUAAGGAGGACACAAAAAAAGAAUCUCCAUCAAAUAAUUCAACCUCCAGCUUCUGGAAGUUUUGGAAACGAGAAUCUUCGGAUAGUGAAAACCAAACACAAACAACUACUAAUAAUGUAUCAAGACUUAACACUGGAGAGGAAAAUCCAACUGACCAAACGAUUGAAUUUGAUGAACGGCAGUUCAUUAAAGCAGGUGUCCCCAUAGGUAGGAAGCCCACCAUUGAUUUAAAGAAUAACCAUCUACAAUAUCUGGUAACAUGGUAUGGUCUUUCGCUUCUGAGCACAAUCUUCCUUAUUGUGGCCCUUAGAAAGGUUAAAAGGGGAGGUGUUAUAUCCCAGGAUCAAAUGAUCAAAGAGAAACUAAAGCAUACAAGGAAGUAUAUGUGA